AUGGUAAAGGCUCCCCUGUCCCUGCAUCUCAGAGGGUCGCCAAUGCCCUGUCUGUUCCUGCCACUGAGAGGGUUGCUGCUGUCUCUUCCAUCCCUGCCUCAAAGAGAGGUCACUCCUUGUGCUCCUGCAUGUGAAAAGGUUGCCGAUGUUAAAUCCUGGGCCCUGCUAGAGUCAGGCAUCAGAGUGUGCAGGCCUCAUUGUAGCUCCAACUUCAAUCCCAGAGGCUUCAGACAUCACUCCAUCUGUAACUCCAGAUCUCUAGAGGAGCAACACCUCUGCCUGAGCCGUCGGCCUCCUGCAAAGCCUCAUGAGAUGCUUUGCUUUGGCCGUCAGCCUCCAAAGAUCCCCACUUUCACCACCAACUUCCAGAGGAAUCCAUUCUUCAGGCUGUAUACACUCAUUCCAGUGAACACAGUUCAACUUGGUGAAUCUACAACCUUCACAUGUGCUCUGCCUAAUACUGAUAUCAGCAAUGGAGAAGUCCACUGGUACCAGCAGAGUGUUGGAGAUACUCUGAAACUAAUUGUGACUCUGUUGAAAUCUGUAAAACCUAAGUAUGCUCCAGAGUUUUCUAAUUCAAGAUGGAAAGUCAAAAGGGACGGCAAUUUUAGCAGCCUGACUAUUUUGAGAAUAAUCCAAGAGGACGAGGGAAUCUACCACUGUGCAAUCAUAGAGUGGUGUGGCACAGCAUCGAAAUGGAGUGGGACAUAUUUGAUAGUAAAAGGAGACGGUCAGAAGACAUCAGACUACACUGUUGUUCAGCAGUCCACAGCAUCACAUUCAGUCCAUCCAGGAGAAUCACAGACUCUCCAGUGUUCAGUCUUCUCUGACUCUGAGAACAAAACAUGUUCAGGAGAUCUGAGUGUGUUCUGGUUCAGACCUGGAUCAGAUAAAUCUCAUCCAGACAUCAUCUACACUGAUGGAAACAGACCUGAUGAAUGUGAGAAGAGAUCUGACACUCAGAAGAGCUGUGUUUAUCACUCCUCUAAGACCUUCAACUCCUCUGAUGCUGGGACUUACUACUGUGCUGUGGCCACAUGUGGACAGAUACUGUUUGGAAAUGGAACUACUCUGACCAAUGACGCUUGUUCACAAACUGCACAAUCUGAAAUGAUUGGUCUGGUGACAACAAUAACCUGCUUGGUCAUUUCUGUGAUUGUGAAUAUCGUUUUAAUCUGUUACCGAACACAAAGAGCAGCACAGGAACAAUUCACAGGAAUUGAAUCCACCUCAUCACAAGCAAGACAUGACAAUUUGAGACAAUCAGUGGUUGAUACUACUGAAGGUGGACAUGAUCUGAACUACGCUGCGCUGCAUUUCUCUGGAAGGAAAGCUGCACGAGGAGAGAAGAAGAUGGAGGUGAAGACUGAGGAAAGUGUAUAUUCUCAAGUUAAACUUCAAAUGGGAACCACAGAGGAGAAGAGUCUGGCUAUGGACCGGCCCUGUUGUGGUUGCAUCAGGCGCCUUUUGUUGGCCGAGUGUACGACAAGGUCCCUGAAAGCAGACAAUGUCAGGAUGAUUGUGUUGUGGAUUACACUGCUUGUUCUUCAUCAAGGACAUACACUCAUUCCAGUGAUCACAGUUCAAACUGGUGAAUCUACAACCUUAACAUGUGAUCUGCGUAAAAAUGAUAUCAGCAGACUAGAAGUCCACUGGUUCAAGCAGAGUGUUGGAGAUAAUCUGAAACUAAUUGUGACUCUUCGGAAACAGACAACACCUCAAUUUGCACCAGAGUUUUUGAGCGCAAGAUGGAAAGUUAAUAGUGAUGACAAUUUUACCAACCUGACUAUUUUGAGAACAAUCCAAGGGGACGAGGGAAUCUAUCACUGUGCUUUCAUUACAUUGUAUGGCACAACAUCUGAAUGGAUUGGGACAUAUUUGAUAGUAAAAGGAGACGGUCAGAAGACAUCAGACUACACUGUUGUUCAGCAGUCCACAGCAUCACAUUCAGUCCAUCCAGGAGAAUCACAGACUCUCCACUGUUCAGUCUUCUCUGACUCUGAGAACAAAACAUGUUCAGGAGAUCCGAGUGUGUUCUGGUUCAGACCUGGAUCAGAUAAAUCUCAUCCAGACAUCAUCUACACUGAUGGAAACAGACCUGAUGAAUGUGAGAAGAGAUCUGACACUCAGAAGAGCUGUGUUUAUCACUCCUCUAAGACCUUCAGCUCCUCUGAUGCUGGGACUUACUACUGUGCUGUGGCCACAUGUGGACAGAUACUGUUUGGAAAUGGAAAUACUCUGACCAAUGACGCUUGUUCACAAACUGCACAAUCUGAAAUGAUUGGUCUGGUGACAGCAAUAACCUGCUUGGCCAUUUCUGUGAUUGUGAAUAUCGUUUUAAUCUGUUACCGAACACAAAGAGCAGCACAGGAACAAUUCACAGGAAUUGAAUUCACCUCAUCACAAGCAAGACAUGACAAUUUGAGACAAUCAGUGGUUGAUACUACUGAAGGUGGACAUGAUCUGAACUACGCUGCGCUGCAUUUCUCUGGAAGGAAAGCUGCACGAGGAAAGAAGAAGACGGAGGUGAAGACUGAGGAAAGUGUAUAUUCUCAAGUUAAACUUCAAAUGUGAACGCGUCUAUGAAAAACUUCAAUCUGUUUUUUGAUAAAAGACUGAAUCUUGAUCCCAUCAGUGUGCUGAAGCUUUACUGGUGAAAUGGACUUAGAGAUGUUGACAAAGCAACCUAUUGGUUGACUGUGUUCCCUGAGAUGUUUACUUCUAGUAGUUUCUCAGUGUCAACUGUGAGGAAAACUACAUCUCUGAAGAAGAGGAUUUGUGUUCUUCACCGUGACCUUCUGAUCUCCCCACCUAACACACAGAACUUGCAAUGCAGGAAUGAACUGAACAGUUUCAGUCAGAACAUUAAGGAAAUGCAGCAUCACUGGAGUGAUGAUCUGAACUCAGUCUCUGAUGCCAGGUUUAGUCGGACCAGUAUGGAAGAAGAACAAAUCGAAUCUGAAGUGUUUGUGGAAGAUGCACACAUGAGACACAAACACCCACCUUCUCUCUGUCGCAGACCACAGCCAUAAAAUCAGAGAGACUUUUUAUUCUAAGCAUAUAUACUCCCUCGGUUUUAUUUUUAUUAUUGAAUGUAUGUACUUGUAUGUUUAGAUAUAUUAUAAAUAUAUUUUCAUGUA